UCACAUCAGAUCUGUUCAUCAUGUCUGAGCGCAGGUUUUCUCCAGAGGACGACUGCUCUUCUCUUCUCUCUCGGCUCGGUUCAGACUCUCCUCGUCCUCGGAUGAAGUAUGGAGGGAUGUUCUGCAGCGUCGAGGGAGCUUUCGAAAACAAAACCCUGAACUUCGAAUCGUUCAGUCCGCAGACGCAGCGGCGCCGAGUCCGAAGCCGGACAGAUGAUGGUGACGGAGGAGAAGGUGGACAAGGUCAGAUGGUGGUGUUUCCCUCCAGACACCCCCGAGAAAACUACAGCAAGAGACAGGGCGACCGUCUGAUCAUCAAAGGAGGAAAGGUUGUCAAUGACGACCAGUCAUUCUACGCUGACGUCUACGUGGAGGAGGGAACCAUCAAACAGAUCGGCGAGAACCUGAUUGUCCCGUCUGACGUGAGGACGGUGGACGCUUACGGUCAGCUGGUGAUCCCCGGAGGCAUCGACGCCAACACCAAUCUCCUCGCUCCGCAGAAAGGCCUGAACCCGACUGAUGAUUUCUACCAGGGAACUAAAGCCGCAGUGUCCGGGGGAACCACCACCAUCAUCGACCAUGUGCUGGUGGAGCCGGGCACUAGUUUACUGUCAGCGUUUGAUCAGUGGAAGGAGACGGCAGAGCAGAGGGCGUGUUGUGACUUCUCUCUUCACCUGGACAUCACUCGCUGGCACGAUGGACUUUACGAGGAGCUGGAGACGCUCGUCAAAGAUAAAGGUGUGAACUCCUUCCUCUUCUUCAUGACGUACAAAGAUAAAUAUCAGAGCUCCGACUCUCAGCUCUACGAGGCGUUUGGGGUCCUCCGAACUCUUGGAGCCAUUGCCCAGGUCCACGCAGAAAAUGGUGACAUCAUCGAUGAGGAACAGAAGAAGCUUCUCACUUUCGGCAUCACUGGACCAGAAGGACACGUUUUAUCUCAACCUGAGGAGGUGGAGACGGAGGCGGUCUAUCGAGCCAUCACCAUCGCCAAACAAGCCAACUGUCCACUAUACGUUACCAAGGUGAUGAGCAAAUCUGCAGCAGAUGUCAUCGCAAAAUCCAGGAAGAAAGGUAUAGUGGUUUAUGGGGAACCAAUUACAGCCAGCUUGGCCACUGAUGGCUCUCACUAUUGGUCCAAAGACUGGGCCACAGCUGCUGCCUUUGUCAUGAGCCCACCCAUCAACCCUGACCCCACAACUCCACAGUACUUGACCUCUCUGCUGGCGUGUGGUGACCUCCAGGUGACCUCCAGUGCUCAUGCCAGUUUCUCUACGGCUCAGAAAGCCAUCGGAAAAGACAACUUCACUUUGAUUCCAGAGGGAACCAAUGGGAUUGAGGAGAGGAUGUCGGUGGUCUGGGACAGAGCUGUGUCGACAGGGAAGAUGGAUGAAAAUGAGUUUGUUGCAGUUACCAGCACCAACGCAGCUAAACUCUUCAAUAUUUACCCCAAAAAAGGACGCAUCGCUGUAGGUUCUGAUGCUGACAUUGUCGUCUGGAACCCGAAGGAGACACGAACUGUUUCUGCAAAGACUCACAACCUGACAGUGGAGGUGAACAUCCUGGAAGGUAUGGAGUUUCGCGGCGUGGCGUCUGUGGUGAUCAGUGGAGGUCGAGUUGUUCUUGAGGAUGGAAAACUUAACGUGACCGAAGGUUCUGGACGCUUCGUCCCCAGGAAGGCUUUCCCUGAUGCUGUUUACAAGAGGAUCAGAGCUCGCAGCAAGAUGGCAGAGGCUCGCGGUGUUCCCCGUGGAAACUAUGAUGGUCCAGUCCAUGAUGUCAUCAGCAUGACUAAAUCAGUCCCUCACACUCCGACCAGCAGAGGGCCCAUCUGUCCGAAAACCCAGGCUGGCCCCCGAAAGCUCCACCAGUCAGGAUUCACGCUAGCUGGUGCUCAGAUUGACGACCACAUACCUCGUCGCUCUGCUCAGAGGAUUGUGGUGCCUCCUGGUGGACGAUCCAACAUCACAUCUUUAUCUUGAAACAACAACAACAACACUUACUGCAAGAUACAACUAGACCUACUGCAACCUUACAAAUCUUACAACUGUACAACUGGGCCUCAGUAUCACUUCAAGUAUGAUUGAACUUCUUUUUAAUUCUGCAACUAAAGUAUUUGAACUGGUUCUAAACCCAAUAAUAACCUCAAAGAUAACGUUAAACUCUGCAUCCUAUCAAAACCUACAAGUACACAAGCAGAACUAAAUCCCUACAAUUGUAGUACUUUAAGAAAUACUUUUUUCAAACAACAACCAGACAACUUAAAUAAAAACCUACUGCUAAAUCCUACAGCUACGGUCCUUCAACUGUCGUAGAACUGAAUGUUACAACAAUUACUACCCGACAACUAGGACUAAACUGUACAACUAACAGUCAAUCGCUAGAACAGAAUACUACGACUUCAGUAAGAAAACUUCAACCUCCAAACAAACAACAAGUAAUAAAAUUUGCAAUUAGAACGCUUGGUUAUGUUGUGACAUUGGUUCUCUGAAGUGCGUGGAUAUUUCUUUAAGACACACCUGCUUGCCCGGCCACGCACUUCAGUUUACCUAUAAAAUACCUAUGUUGAUCUGGAACCAGUUGAUAGUACAAUUACUACAAGACCCUAUGAUUAGUGCUUCACCCUACUGCUAGACCCUGCAACUAGUACUACACCAUAACAAAAAAUACUACAAUCUUCAACCAUGAUACACCCUACAACUAAUACCAUACAUUACAGCUAGUACUAAAUCUGACAAUGAUUUAUACAACCUACAACUAGUACUACACCUUGCAAGUAGCACAACACCCUACAACAAAUACUACACAUUACAGUUAGUACUACACCCUACAACAAAUACUACAACUGUUAGAACUACAGUCUACAGCUAGUACUAUAUCAUACAACUAGUACUACACCCUACAACAAGUAAUACAACCUACAACUAGUACUUCACAUUACAUCUAGUACGAUAUCAUACAUCUAGUUCUACAUCCUACAUCUAGUAUUAUAUCAUACAACUAGAACUACACCCUAAUCCUUCAAACAGAACUUUGUGUUUUUGAUACAUUUCUUUAAAUGAGAACUCUAACAAUACUUCCUCUCAUCUUGGGUUAGGGUUAGACAGUAACUGUAAUAUUAGUAUUAAUAUUAGUAUAAGUAAUAUUAUUAUUAGAAGUCAAAACCCUAAAGAUUCCUGAACAUUCUUUUUUAGGUCAUUUAACUUCAUCUUCAGAAAAAUCAUCAGAACAGUUUCACAUUGUGGAUUUAAAAUUUCAUUUUUGUUUAAUAUUAUUAAACUAUGAUUACUCUGUUACCUGCAGUGGCUGUUUCUCCAGAUGUUUCCGAAUGUUUCAGUCUCAUUUCUGUUUGUUUAGUUUAAUUAUUUCACUGUGAGACGUUUAAAAUCCUCUGUGGUGACAUCCUCAGUCCUGUCAGUGUUUCUAUUGGGUGGACGGACGCCAGGUUCUUUGUCCCAACAGGGUGAACCCAGUACAUAUUUAUUUUUAUUGAACCGAUCAGUUUUAAUUACGUUAGACAUCAUGUGACUGUAAAUGGUGCUAAUUAAUCCAUUGAUACUCGCUACUGUCAAUAGAAAUCCCUUCUAAGCCACGCCCCUUUAUGAUUCAAACAUGACAUCAUAAAAUGACUCCACCCCCAGAAGAAUCCAAAACAAACUAAUAUCCUCACCCCCCCACAAUCCACAAUUUUUAACUGUGGUUGAAGUAACUAAAGUAACUAUUGACUGCAGACCAUUGCUAGUGUUCGAUGUUGACCUCUGAACCCUAACCGACUUCUUUGACCUCUGACCUCUGAAGGGAUUUUUUUUACAGUGUGUUUGAUUUGUUAAACACUUCAUUUUAUAACCUGAUCAUUUUGUAAUUUUCUACAGUGUUUAUAUCCUGCAGUUUUAGCAUCAGUGUUCAUUGUCAUAGUCGCCGUGUUGCCAUGUUGCUGCUAUGGUAACAACAUCUUGUUUUGGCCAACCUUUCUGUAAAUCCUGUUCUUCUUUCCAGGAGAUGUUCAGACAGAUGUUUGAACAGGAGAACAGCUGGAUUAGAGUUGAAACAGGGGAAAAACUGGAUUAUAGAUGAAAAGGGAGAACAGCUGGAUUAGAGAUGAAACAGGGGAACAGCUGGAUUAGAGAUGAAACGGGGGAGAAAUUGGAUUAUAGAUGAAAAGGGAGAACAGCUGGAUUAGAGUUGAAACAGGGAAACAGCUGGAUUAGAGAUCAAAAAGGAGAACAGCUGUAUUAGAGUUGAAACAGGGAAACAACUGGAUUAGAAUUGAAACAUGGGAACAGCUGUAUUACAGAUGUGGCUCCAACACGGCGGAUGUCUUCCUGCAGGCUGAUGUUUUUCUGUCCUCACAGAUACACUGAAGCCAAAAUGGAGAACACAUGCACUCUUUAAACUGAUCAUGUGCAUAUGUGUCGUUGUGUAUGUAAAGAGGGGUUACUAUGGUGACUGCUCUGUAUCUAUUGUGUAGUGAUUGUGAAACGACUUCCAUUUGUGAUGAGAGUUGCAUGAAUAAAGGAGAGAAAAACCCUCAGA